CGUGAUAUCCAGUUCCCACCACCUAAUAUUCCACCUAAACAGGCCUGGGUAGAAUCUUUAAGUACAAUAGAGGAAAAUAAAGUUGGUUUGAUUGACUUACAUCCAGAUAUAUUUGGUGCCUUUCCAAGAAUUGAUAUAAUACAAGAAAAUAUUACAUGGCAAGUGAAAUAUAGAGUCAUAGAUUACAGAUGUUUAAAAACAAGAGCUGAGGCAAGAGGUGGUGGAAGAAAACCUAGACCACAGAAAAAAAGUGGCCCCAGAGUAGGAAGUCUUAGAUCACCCUUGUAUCCUAAAGGUGGUUCUGCAUUUGGACCUCGAGGACCUAAAAGCAACUUUUACAUGUUAAAUGAUUCAUUAAGAACUCAUGGUUUGUGUUCAGCCUUAUCUAUAAAACUAGCACAGAAUGAUUUGUAUUUUGUUGAUUCUUUAGAAAUACCUUCAGAUGAACAAGAGUAUAUGGAAGAUUUAGUAGAUGCCAGAUUUUGGGGAUUCUCUCUAUUAUUUGUUGAUGACACUGAUAUAAUGCCUAGAAAUAUUACAUUAGCUGUAGAAGAAAAACCUAGUUUUAACCUCAUGCCACUUUAUGGGCUAAAUGUAUACAGUAUAUUAAAACAUGAAAAGUUAGUGUUAACAACAGCAGCAGUGGAAAAAUUAGAAGAAAAACUUUUAUAUCAGUUACAUAGAACUGAGAGACAAAAGCCUUAUAUAUUAGAUAGAUAG